ACCCCCGCCCCCGUUGCCGAGCAACCUCUCCUCCCGCCAGCGUUACCAAGGUUCCGCCGCGCAGCUUCCGGGCGCGGCGAGGUGAGCAAGGGGUCGCGACUUCCUGUAGGAGGCGGCGGCCCCGGCCCGGCGGGAAGAUGGCGGCGGCGCUGGCUCCUCCCGCCCCAGCUCCAGCGGCGCCGGUCCCCGACGGAGGCCCGUCCCCGCCGCAGCCGCCGCACGAAAUCAAGAGCCAGUUCCGGACCCGCGAGGGCUCCUACCGGCUGCUGGGGGGGCCCGAGCCCCGCGCUCGUCCCGCCCCGCCCGGGCCCGCCGCCGCCCCCAGCGCUACCUCGGCCGCCCCAACGCCGCCCUCGGGGAUACCCGUCGGAGCCCCUGUGCCGCCCGCCCCGUCACUGCCCCCCGUGCGCCUCUCGCUGGUGCGGCUGAGCGCGGGGGCGGGCGGGGGCGGCGGGGACCCAUGCGGGGAGGGCGACCCGGGGGCCCUGGCCGCCGAGCGGAGCCGCGUCUGCUUCAACCUGGGCCGAGAACUCUACUUCUACUCGGGGUCCGGGGGCGCACCCGGGCGGGGACGCAGGUCUAUCGAUCUGAAGAAACCCAUUGACAAGCGGAUCUAUAAAGGGACGCAGCCCACUUGCCAUGACUUCAACCAGUUCACAGCUGCUUCAGAAAGCAUCUCACUACUGGUUGGCUUCUCAGCCGGUCAGGUACAGUACCUGGAUCUCAUUAAGAAAGAUACGAGUAAGCUGUUUAACGAGGAGAGGCUGAUUGACAAGACCAAGGUCACCUUUGUGAAGUGGAUCCCUGAGACAGAGAGUCUCUUCCUCGCUUCUCAUGCCAGUGGCCACUUGUACUUGUACAACGUGGAGCAUCCCUGUGGCUCAGCCCCGCCCCAAUACACCCUCCUCAAGCAAGGUGAGGGCUUCACGGUCUACGCCUGCAAGAGCAAGAGUGCCCGCAACCCGCUGCUGAAAUGGGCAGUGGGUGAAGGAGCACUGAAUGAGUUUGCCUUCUCCCCUGACGGGCGAUACCUGGCUUGCGUCAGCCAAGAUGGCUGCCUGCGUGUCUUCCAUUUUGAUUCCAUGCUCCUGCAGGGGAUGAUGAAGAGCUACUUUGGGGGCCUGCUGUGCGUCUGUUGGAGCCCUGACGGGCGCUACAUCGUGACCGGGGGCGAGGAUGACCUGGUAACGGUCUGGUCCUUUGCUGAGGGCAGGGUCAUUGCCAGGGGUCACGGCCACAAGUCAUGGGUCAACGCAGUGGCCUUUGAUCCCUACACCACUAGCACAGAGGAUGAUGAGAGUGGGGAGUUCAGUGGGAGUGACGAGGACAUCCAGGACUCUACCACUUUCUGCAGGGUACGGACCAGCAGCACGCUGUCCCACCUCUCCAAGCACAGCACCAAAAGCACCCCCUCGGUGACUUACCGGUUUGGGUCUGCUGGCCAGGAUACCCAGUUCUGCCUUUGGGACCUGACGGAGGACGUCUUGUACCCCCAUCACCCUCUCUCCCGGGCCCGAACUCUCACUAACACCUUCAGCACUGGGAUCCCCCCCUCUGGGAGCGGCGGAAGCAACUUGGCAGCUGAAUCGGGUGGGGGGGGCCUCCCUCGCUCACUGUCCCGCUCCAACAGCCUGCCCCAUCCAGCCGUCACCAGUGCUGCCAAGAGCCAUGUGGCCGACGGCACGGUGCCCUUCAGCAUCGGCAAGUUUGCCACCCUCACCUUGCAGGAACGGAAAGACAAGAGCGCCGAGAAAGAGCACAAGCGCUACCACAGCUUGGGCAACAUCAGCAAGAGCAACGACAAGCUCAACGUGGUCCCCAAAAGCAAGUUGGACACAACCAAGGUCCUGGGCACAGCUUUGUGCCCCCGCAUCAAUGAAGUGCCCCUCCUGGAGCCCCUAGUUUGCAAGAAGAUCGCCCACGAGAGACUGACGGUGUUGCUCUUCCUGGAGGACUGUAUCAUUACCGCUUGCCAGGAGGGUCUCAUCUGCACUUGGGCCAGACCAGGGAAAGCGACCCUGAACUCCCAAAACGGCGGUUCUCCCAGUGGCACAGUCGUAUAACCUGGCGCUCUGUCCUCUGGCUGAUCUCCUAGCAGGUACCUCUGACUCUUUGCCCUGCCAAGGCCACUGGGCCGAGCUGGCAAAGUUCUCUGACUCUUCAGCAUCUGCUGUAUGUACAGGUUGUUCCCUUUCUCCCUCGCCUAUGACACUAACUGUAUGGAAAGAGAGAGACUAACAGAGUUAAUAUAUUGAGACCUAUGUAGCACAGGAGCCUUUGCACUUCUUCUCAGCUAUUUAAAAAAGUAUUAAUGAAUGAACCACAUUUAAAGCUACGAUCUUAGCACAGGCUGCUGCAGGGGCAGAUUUUGCACAAGGGUGAGCCACCUCCUCCCCCUGGGUCUCCCAGACAGAGAUUCCUCACUGCUUUUCAGCUGCCUUUUGGCUGCCCUGGACUGGACGGAAUCUGUCUUGAUUUUCAGCUGCCCAAACCCGGCUUCUAGAAGGAAGCAGAAGCAAUCUCUUUUGCACAGGAGAAAAUGACUCCCCCCUGCCCCCCAAAAAGACCUCACAAAGGAAGCCGUCUUUUAAACUUUUCUUCACCCCCUCUUACUUUCGUGUAAAUGUUUGUGUGUUUUGCACAAGAUAUCCCAAUCUGCCUGCCCUGUUGAAGAAACAGUGGCAGCCUUUAUCCAGCAGGGUCUUUUCAGUCUUAACAGCAGGCACUCCUCCUCGGGGCCACUCUCCUAGUGCAACCAGCCGAUCCCCAGAGAGAUGUUGCUUGAUGUUUGAGAUCCAGCGAGAUACUGCCCAGCAGCUCCUGCUGUCUUUUUGCCGACAUUGCUCCUCAGUGUUUGGGGCCCAGGCGGCACCCCUCCUGCUCUGCCGUGCUCUUCCUGUCCUCACAACUUCCUCUGAAGUACUUCCCUACAGUUCUCUCAGAAGCUAAAUGGACUUUUUCUCUGAACUGGCUGGUCCUUGAACUUGAAGACGGCUUGCCGGCAACUGACACCUCCGUUUACCAGCCCUUUUCCUCCUCCAGGGGUCUGCCCCUAGAUUAGAUCUCAUCACUGGGUCAGCCGGAUCCACUCUAGCCUAAUCCACAUGGCUACUCUCUACUCCCCCCCCCCCAUAUAUUGAUUAUUACGUGCACUCAGUCCGUCAUGCAAAUAUUAAACAGCCAAUCAUCUAACAUUGAGGAUGGGCUGGGAACCCUAGACAGUUUGACAUUUCAGCCACUCAUAAAGCCAGACUUCUCAGUGGUUAUCCUACUAUGGAUGUGGCUGCUGGUUGCCGGUAGCAGGAAGGAAAUACUUAUAAUGGCACAACGCGUAUGAUGUAAUUGGCGGCUCUCAGCAGAGGGAGCUGUUCCCUUUCCCCUUUUUGAAGUGUGUUGGCCCAUCAGAAUGGUAGAGGGCAAAAGCAGUCAGCAUGGGCUGUGUAGAGACAGUGAGGGGAACUCCAGCUGAGCAGCUGUUAGGAUUUACAGUCUGGCAGAGAGGGUUGGAGGGACCAGUGGGUGGUGCCCUGGUGGCUCUCUGUGGGCACACCCAGUACCCAUGGGCACUGUGUCAGGGACCCCAGGUCUAUAAGGGGUUGGUUUCUGUGUGAUGCCUUAGGCACAGUUCAGCAUCUUCGUUUAUCCAUAGUCUGUCUACACAAACCGUUAGGGAGAUGUCUUCAAUUUGGGGCAGGUUUGAGUCAGCGGAAGGACUCUGCUUGGAAGACCUAAGCCUUCCCAACUGGACUUCCUUAGUUACUGGGUUGUGUGUCCAGCAUGAUGGGUUGUAGGCACUGUUGCUCCUACUCGUUGAAAUUAGUGGAGAAAGCUAACUUUGGUCCAUUAACUUCAACGAGUCUGCUGUGAGUAGGAUUGAUACUGGAUACAGCCCAAUAUGUUGGAGAGAAACAGUUGCUCCAAAAAACCGGUUCAAAGCUAAGCCCGACAGAUGUCUUUCAUCCAGUGUUUCCUUAACAUCUAUUGACCCUUGUCAAAGGUUAAGGACAGCCAAGAGACACAGGCAUUUUCUGCGUUGUAUUUUAUUCAUUGGUGCGCGAGGAUUAAGUACACACGCAUCUUCAAGUUUUAGCCGCCUUUGAACCUGUUUUCACCAUGCCUGUAUCGGUGUGCUGGAUUACACGGCUUCGGCACCUGGUGCCGCAUGCCGGGACCAACAGGCGGAGCAGCAUUGGCCACCCUCCAGAUGUUUUGGACUACAACUCCCAUCAGCCUCAGCCAGCACGGUUGUGGGAGAUGUAGCCCUAAAGGCUGCUGCGGCCUAACCACUUUGGGCAAAGAUUUCUUGAUAGCCUGGACUGAAAACUGCCAACGAGCUUCUGAGAGGAUCUCUGGACCUUUCUACCCCCGCUCCCGCAUGAACUUACCUAGAGGAAGCCUCUGUGCUUGAGAGUGCUGAUAGGGAACAGGCUCUGGAAGCAGUUUUGCCGGAGGUGCGUGACGGGGACUGUUGAGAAGGCCCUGCCUCACAGCUUAGCCAGGCUCAUCAGUCUGUGGGACUUGUGUGGCAUGGCAACUUCUUGCUCUGUGGAUGUGCGCUGUCAGUGGCAGGAAAAUUGUGCUGGGGUUAUGUGGAAGCAACAUUGAAUUACCUCCUCCUGCAUCCUGCCCGCUGCUGCGUUCCCCCACGAGGCUGCUAGUGGUGGGCGUGGGGGGGCUGUCGCAGUCUCCCAACUCAGCCAGUAGGGAGGUCUGAGGCCUGGCAGUGCCCUAUGGAUUCAAAAGCAGUUACGUUUUAUAUCAUUUCUUGCUGAGGUGAACAUUUGGAUGAGCUGGGCCAAAGGGCAGGCUACCUGCAGUGGCUGAUUUCUAACACAAGAGGGUGGUAGGCUUAACAGUGUCUGGAAGACACUACCCUGGAAUCCUAGGUGUGUUUGUGAGCCGGCUGUGGUUUUGUGGUGAUACUCUGUGCGUGCCCAGAGGUGUGCAUUCUCAUUGUUUAUAACUCCAUACGUUCUGGGGUUGAGCCUUAAUUCUCCAGAUGCGUCCAAGGGACUCUGCCUGGCUCAAACUAAGCCCCACGUACCUGCGUUCACCAUGAGUCUUCACCUUGGUCCCUGUAUCAUCUACCUAUCAAACCCUUGGAGACGAACUCCAUGCUGGCAGGAGAUCCAUCUGUACGUCAUCCUAGCUCACUGUGAAUCCAUCUCCAGCCCUGCAUCUUGCAGAAUUUGGCCCAGCGGCCAGAGAGAUCCUCUCCAACCGGGGUGGAUGAAAAUCUCUCACGGAUGAGGACUUAACACCACGAGACUGGCUCCCCUCCCCCAGGAAAAAAAAGCCAUACUGGGUCCAGAGCUGCUGCACACGACAUGCGCCUGUUCAUCCCAGCCUGGUCAGAGGAACUGGCGCAGCAGGAGGAGAGGAGGAGCCUGGUUUGGCUCCAGGUCUGCUUGGAUCGUUGGUGAGGGGGUGCAAGGAACUUGGUGAACAGUAUUAAUUUUGCUCUUUGCAUUUUCCCUUUUCCUCUAUUCCACCCCCAGAUGCAUGUCACCUUCAGCACUCAGUCUGGCCCCCUGCGACCUUUGCCUGCCAGCUGGUGUCUGGCAGCCAGUCCCUUCCCCUCCCGAGUCCGCAGAAGAACACGCCCAGAAGCUGCCGACACCCCCCCUGUGCCUUCGUCACUUUACUACCUGCUCUAAACGUUUGUUACUGUUGUGUCUGAAGUGUUUAAAUUAUAGAAGCGUGAACUCCUAUUUAUACUAAAGAGACAGUUUUCACACCACAGCCUCCCCUGCUAAAUGUUGAUUGUGGGUGGGCACAUGUGGGAGGAGUUGACGGUUGUACAGCAUAAAUUCUGGUGCCAGUAAAGACCCACGAUGGUGGAUGCUUUAAGAAAACAGAGAGAACUCAGUUCUGCAAAUAUCAAAUUGUGAGACAACUAAAGUGUAAAAUAAUCGUUUCUGUGUCACCUGUGAAAGCGCGGAGUUGCUUGUGAAAUGGCUGGCAAUGUGUCUCACCACCCAGCCUCAGCAUCUGCCUUCCUCUUUGCCGUGUUGUUGUUUUGCCCUUAGUUGCACAAUUCUGACAAUUCCCUCCAAACAUUGCAAUUCAACAAAGAAUAUAGUAAUUCGGUUUUAUUUCAUCUCUGAAGAGGGAGCAUCCUUAACUCACAUUGUCGCAAAUGUACAGUGUUCUCAUGCAUCCAUCCCCAAUGUACCAUAUUAUUUCACAAAGGAGGGGACAGGAAGAGGAAGAAUAAUAAAUAUGGGGGCAGGGGAGGUGCCAAGAGACCGAGAGGAGCAUUGUGCAAAACCUGAAACUAGCAUGGCUUGCCCCCUCGAGCUGAGUCUUGUUCUGUGCACUUUCCUUUUGGAAACAUGCACACGCAACUUCCCUUUGGUUUUGGAAAAGGCAUGGAACAGACAGGUACCCCUGCUGCUCAAGGGGGUCAUAAGAUUUACAACUAAACACCACAAUUCCAAAUAAAUUACUAAGAACCUUG